AACCUUUUCUUCUUCUUUUUUUCUUCAUAUAUUUCGCACAUACACACCACAUAUCUCUCCGCCCUCCCACCCUUGAAAUCCCCGGCCCUCCAAAACCCCCUCUUUUCAUAUAAUUCUCUUCAUUUCCUCUCUUAAUUAUUUUCCAUCCAUCCAUCCAUCUUCCUUCUCUCUUUUUCAGGAGCUUAAUUUACAGAGUUAAUUGGUAAAACAAAGCCUUCAUUUUUCAUCAAUGGAUCGCAGAGAUACAUCAGGGUUUGUAAGUGGUGGUUGUAGAAGUAGUUAUAUGUGUUAGAGAAAAGAGUAAUGAUUACAGUAUUUUUUACUUGUUUUAUGCUAGUUUUUUGUGAUAAGAUACUUGUGCUAUUUGGGUUUUCGGUUUUGCUGAAUAGAAAUGGCUAAUACACCUUCAUAUCUCCCUUCGUUAUCUGGUUCAAACACUUGCAAAUGUGUUGAAAAAGUUGUCGAUGGCAGGACUAGUUUACCAUCAUCGAGUUUUUACUUGAAUGGUAACAAGAGAAAACGCAGUUUUAUUGAUGGGCUUUUGGAUAUGCAAGAUGGGUCUCCACUAUCUCUUGGGUUGGGUUGUUCUAUGAGCUCUGGUGUCACUGUUUUUUCGUGUAAAGAAAAUGAAGAGCAUAAUUCGUGCGAUCUUGAUCUUUCAAUGAAUCUAAUGUCUGAAACGAAUUCGAAAGGUCCUGAAGUAGACCUUGAGUUAAGUCUAGCAGCUGGUUCUGUUGAAUCUGAUGUUACUGCGAAUAGUCGUGCAUCAUUUCCCUUUAAAUAUAAUUUAAACCCGCCUGUUUCCAGCAGCAUUAUGACCUCUGCAGGAAUUCAACUUGUGGAUGAAGGGUCAACAUCAUCUCGAUGGAAAUUACCUCUUUUUUCCCCAUUUCAAACUGCAGAACCUAUGCCUCGUGUUCAUAAUGUGUCUGGAUAUAGUGGUUUGGAUUCUGUAAUACAUGGUGGCUCGGCUUCCUAUGAUUCUGGAUUGGUUCCAUCACAACAGCGACGAAAUAGUAAUGUGAAAGAGUGUCGGUUUAUUGGGUGCACAAGGGGCGCAAGAGGUGCUUCUGGUUUUUGUAUUGCUCACGGUGGAGGUAGGAGGUGUCAAAGGGAAGGGUGUCAAAAAGGAGCUGAAGGAAAAACCGUGUUUUGUAAAGCCCAUGGUGGUGGUCGACGUUGUGAGUUUCUUGGCUGCACCAAAAGCGCUGAAGGCCGAACAGACUUUUGUAUCGGUCAUGGUGGUGGUAGGCGGUGCAGCCAUGACGGGUGUACCCAUGCCGCCAGGGGAAAGUCAGGGUUAUGUAUACGGCAUGGUGGUGGAAAAAGAUGCAAAAUGGAAGGUUGCACUAAAAGUGCAGAGGGUAUAUCCGGCCUUUGUAUAUCUCAUGGUGGUGGCCGGCGGUGCCAGUACCCUGCCUGUACUAAAGGUGCUCAAGGGAGCACGAUGUUUUGUAAAGCUCAUGGUGGUGGUAAACGCUGCACAUUUUUAGGGUGUACGAAAGGGGCGGAAGGUAGCACAAGUUUUUGUAAAGGCCAUGGUGGUGGAAAACGAUGCACAUUUGAAGGCGGCUGUUCUAAAAGCGUCCAUGGUGGCACUCUUUUUUGUGUUAGUCAUGGUGGUGGAAAGCGUUGUGCAGUAGCGGAAUGUACCAAAAGCGCCAGGGGACGAACAAGUUUUUGUGUUCGUCAUGGUGGUGGAAAAAGAUGUAAACAUGAAGGAUGCGGGAAAAGCGCUCAAGGUCGAACAGAUUUUUGCAAGGCACAUGGCGGCGGUAAACGAUGCUCAUGGAUCCCAUCUGAACCGUCUGUAGGGCAUACUUUUACAGCAUGUGACAAGUUUGCUAGAGGAAAAACUGGUCUUUGUGGUUUUCAUAAUCAGCUGGCUCAACACAACCAGAUUCCUGGAGUGUUAGCAGACAACCGUAGCCCAAUUGGAUAUAGUGGCGGUUUAGUGCCAGCUGGGUUAGCAGAUGACCAUGGUACACCAGUUGAAGUGACGGGUCAUGGUGGUUACUCGUUGCCAGAAGGCAGAGUUCAUGGUGGUGGCUUGAUGGCUAUGCUUAGAGGGUCACCCAUAGCCCAUCAGAACCAGGGGAAAGUUGGCCCGUGGGACUUGACGGGUGCUCAAUGGGUGUAAGUGAAACUUGCGCCUUCUUUAUGGUUUGGUAAGGUGGUAUACAGUGUGUGAUAAUUGUAGCUUGUUCAAUAUAUCCUUAAAUGAAUGUAAAUACUAAAUAGGCUAGUGAUCCUCAUGUACAGAUUGUCUUUCGCAUGUUGUAGAUAUUAGGGAUUAGUGAUAACAUAUAUUGUCAAUUGUAAGUUGGUUAUGUAUUUUAGGUUAAGUUCGUUCAAGUGUAUAAAUUCUCAAUAUUUUUAUGUUA